CUCACCAGGAACUCAAAAACCUCCGGCAGGUUUAUCCUCUCCUUCCUGAAAGUAAGUGCACCACAAAUCUCUCGGCUGGGCGCCACCGCCGAUGUUCCAACCUCCCAAUGGACUCCAUCAUCUCCUCAGCUCUAGAAGAGAUCUGCUUCAAUGGCCCAGCCGGCAUCUCUGUCUCUUCUCUCUGGUCCAAACUCGAGAUUUCCCCCUCAAUGAAAAGCGCCGUUUGGAGAAACCUCCUUUUAAUCCCUUCCAUUCAAUUCAAGGCCGAAGACGAUGCGUUUCUUAGCCCUAAGGAUGGUUUGAUUCAGUCCGUCGAUGAUGCGGAGAAACUAGGUGUAAAAAUUGUGGCUAAUGAGAAGCUUCGAGAUAAUUCCGUUGGGCUGUACGACGACAAGGAUAAUAUUCAGCCCCAGCAUCGUCGCGCUCUUGAGAGAAUUGCUAUUACUAGAAUGAAUGGAGUAACACAAAUUGUUAAGACGAAAGAGUCUUGCAGUGAAGGGGAGUCAAAAAACAGUUCAUCAGUGACCAAUUUGAUGUACUUAUAUCGGUAUGCAAAGCAUUUGGGUUCUCAACAAAGAUUUCAGAUUAACAAAGAAGAACAAAAUCUGGAGAAUCUUGGGGAUGCAAAUGAAAGUGCUGCAGAUGAAGAUGGUUUUGCUGGAGAACAAUUUAAAGAGGAUGUGAUUGUAAAUGACUAUCUACCAGCAAUGAAAGCUAUUUGUGAUAAACUUGAAGAGGCCAAUGGAAAGGUUCUUGUUGUCUCAGAUGUUAAACGAGACCUUGGCUAUAUUGGACCCAAAGGACAUAGAGCAUGGAGGAAUAUUUAUCACAGGUUGAAAGAUGCUGGUCUUGUUGAGGAUUUUCGUGGCAUGGUUAAUGAGAAGGCUGAGCUUUGCAUACGAUUGUUAAAGAAAUUUUCUGAAAAAAAUUUUGAGUCCAAAAUUCUUGGAUGGAGUGAUACUCUUGACAAAGUACAAAAGCUGAAGUUUGGAAGAACAUCGCAAGUUACAGACCAACUCAUAGAGCUCCCCAUUGAGAAUCAAAUUUAUGAUAUGGUUGAUGCUGAAGGAUCUGAGGGUUUGCCUUUUAUGCAGGUCUGUGAGAGGUUGGGAAUUGAUAAGAAAAAGAGCUAUUCUCGAUUGCUUAACAUGUCCUCCAAGUGUGGGAUACACUGGCAACCAGAAAGCCAUAAAAAGACCACAGCAUAUCGAGUUUGGACAUCUGGGAAUUCUUAUCCUGAUUUGCCAAAUGCGUUUAUAUAUAAAUCAAAAACUGUCCUUGGUGAAAAUGAGAUUUUUAAUCUGGAAGCUGGCACUUCUGUUUCUGAUGGAUCCCAUACUUUUCUGGAGUACAAUAAUUCAACUUGUGCAGGAGAUUUUGCUAUACAUACAAAAAUGAAUGAUAGGAACAUUGAUACUGAAAUUCCCUGUAGCUCUAUGCUAGAUGGUAAAUUAAACCAUAUGAUUAUCUCUUCUCUUGACCUGCAAGAAUUAUCUCAUGAGCCAAAAGAUGCAGUUCCUGAUUCAGAUCUGGAUUUAGUGAGUACAGAAGUAGAUCAACACUCGAUUCCAUUGGAAACUGCUGGGCCUUUGUUGGAGCCACCUGAUUCUGGUCCAUGUCAGACAUCAUGCCAGUUUUUGACUGCUGAUGCUGCUCGAAGGGAGCAGAGGAUACGGGAACGUUUGCAGGAGGAGAAGUUUAUCUUGAAACCUGAGCUAUAUCGAUGGCUUGUAGAACUUGAGAAGGACAAGGGAACAAAAAUGGAUAGAAAAACUGUGGAUAGAAUAUUACAGAAGCUUCAAGAACAAGGGCACUGCAAAUGUGUACAGAUUAAUGUGCCUGUUGUUACAAAUUGUGGUCGAAGCCGUAUUACUCAGGUGGUUCUAAAUCCUUCCAUUCAAGAUUUGCAUGCAGAACUACUCAGCGAAAUUCAUGAUAAACUCAGAUCCUUUGAAAUGCAAAUUCGUGGCCGUGGUUCAUCUCGUUGGAAGAAUAAUGAUUCGUUUCCUGUGUUGGAUGGUGUUCAGAGAAUUCAAAACCUUCCAUCUUCUGACGUACAAGCUGCUAGAUCAGAAGCUAUGCGUGCUAAUGGGUUUGUAUUGGCUAAAAUGGUACGUGUGAAGCUGCUACAUUGUUUUCUGUGGGGUUAUUUGAGUAGUUCUCAUGAUUGGAAUAGUGAUAUAUCAAUUGGGAAGCAUGUGCAUGACCAAAAGAGUCAUUGUGGCACAUAUGUUUUGUUUUCAAUAGAUGUGGCCAUUAGAGCUAUCCCACUUGAGCUUUUCUUGCAAGUUGUGGGGUCUACUCAAAAGUUUGAUGAUAUGAUUGAGAAGUGUAAGAGGGGUUUGCGUCUUUCUGAUCUGACUGUUCAAGAGUAUAAACUUUUGAUGGAUACUCAGGCAACAGGAAGACUUUCUUUGCUCAUUGACAUACUUCGACGGUUGAAGUUGAUUCGGCUGGUUACUAAUGAAUGCUCAGAUGAUGGAGCCAAGGUAUUGCAUGCCAAUUUGACUCAUGCGUUGGAGCUUAAACCUCAUAUUGAGGAGCCCGCUACAGGACUAGCAACUUCUAAUCUUAUAUCUCUUGAUCUUCGACCAAGAAUAAGACAUGAUUUUAUCUUGUCAAAUAGAGAGGCUGUUGAUGAAUAUUGGAAAACUUUGGAAUAUUGUUAUGCUGCCUCUGAUCCAAAAGCAGCGUUGCAUGCAUUUCCUGGUUCUGCUGUUCAUGAGGUAUUCCUUUACCGGUCGUGGGCCUCAGUUCGUGUUAUGACAGCUGAUCAGCGUGCUGAGCUCCUAAAGCGUAUAAUGAGGGUCAAUCUAAAUGAAAAACUAUCACUUAGAGAAUGUGAGAAGAUUGCAAAGGAUCUUAAUUUGACCUUAGAGCAGGUUCUUCGUGUGUAUUAUGAUAAGCGACAAAAGCGCUUAAGUAGAUUCCAAGGUCUUCUAAAUGUCAAUGAGGAGUAUCAAUCGGCAAGAAAUGAACAUUUGUCUCCUCGAAAAAGAAGAAGGAAAAGAUCUUCUAAAGUGAGUUCCAUGGAAGAUACAACAGUUGAUACAGCAACUGUAGAGUUGGCAGAGCAAAGAGUUGCCAAGCCUGUUAUAGUUAAAAAUUUUACAGAAAAUGAAAAUAUUUGCUUAGCUUCUUCAGGGGAGCAUGGGAUUCAUUUGCAAGCAGAUCAUGAGGAUGAUCAUGAUGAAAAUGUGAAUGAACCCGAACAACUUGAAGAAGAUGAGGAGUCUUAUUCCAUAAUCAAAAAGUGUGCCUUGGAGAAAAUGAAGCCGACCCGCACAAAAAGGUUUUCAUGGACAGAUGAAGCUGAUAGGCAAUUGGUAACCCAAUAUGCAAAACACCGGGCAGCUCUUGGGGCAAAAUGUCACCGUGUAGAUUGGACUUCAAUUCUUGACCUUCCAGCACCUCCUAGAAUUUGUGCAAGAAGAAUGGCAUCACUAAAAAGGAAUACAAAAUUUAGAAAAGCAUUAAUGAAGCUGUGCAAUAUUCUUGGUGAACGAUAUGUGAAGCACUUGAAGGAAAAUCAGAACAGGUUGAUUAACAGUGAUGGCUCUAGACUUCUCCGAUGUUCCUCAAAGGAGGGUCUUACUGGGAACUUCUCCAACAGCAUUGAACAUGGUAAAGAUGCAGGCUUUUGGGUAGAAAGAUGGGACAAUUUUGAUGAUGAACAUAUAAAAAGAGCACUUGAGGAUGUUCUUCGGUUUAAGCUGAUGGCUAAGCUGGAGGCUUCUAGAAGAGUGGGAUCUAUCUCAGAGGAGUGGUCAAAUAUGAAUAAUAUUGAGGAAGAUUCAGCAACUACCCACAACGAGAGUCUCAAGAGCCGUGGUAUUGGGGGACGUAAAGACUCUAGUAGACGUUCACGAUAUCGCCGCUUUCAUCAAAAGUUGAUUAAGUUCUGGAAUGAUGGGUGUAGAGUUGGCAGACAAGUAUAUGAAUCUUUGGCCGUUUCAAAUGCUGUUGAACUGUUAAAGCUUGUUUUCUUGAGCACAACAAAAGCACCGGCGCUGCCAAAUGUGCUUGAAGGAACUUUACGGCGUUAUUCAGAGCAUGAUCUUUUUGCUGCUUUUAGCUACCUCAGAGAUAGAAAAAUCAUGAUUGGGGGCUCCGGUGGUCAACCUUUUUUUCUUUCUGCACAUUUCUUGCACAGCAUUUCCAGGUCUCCAUUUCCAAUUAAUACUGGGAAGAGAACUUCUGCAUUUUCUGCUUGGCUUCAUGAUAGAAAAAAAGAUCUUAUGGAAGUGGGGAUUAACCUUACUGCAGACUUGCAAUGUGGGGAUAUUUUCCAUUUGUUUUCUUUGGUUUCUUCUGGUGAACUUUCUCUUUCUCCAUACUUGCCGGAUGAAGGAGUUGGUGAAGCUGAAGAUUUGAGAGGCUUGAAACGUAAAGCUGAGGAUAAUGAAUCACAAGAUGGUGAACAUGCUAAGAAAUUGAAAUCCCUAACAGAAGGAGAACUUGUUUCCCGUCGAGAAAAGGGUUUUCCUGGUAUUAUGGUAUCUGUAUAUCGCACAACAAUUUUGACAGCUAAUACUUUAGAGUUGUUCAAGAAUGAGAGCACUUGGGCUCAUGAAUUUAAUAUGAACGAUGAAUCUUGCAAUCUGGAUUAUUCAACUAAUUCUGAGUGUAUGAAACAAAUGCUUGAUGUGGGGAGUGUUGCCUCCAUAGCAGUGAACUCUACUGAAUCACCUUGGGAAGCUAUGGCAGAAUAUGCUGAGCAUCUGAUGUUAAAACCUUCUGAUGGACAAGGUAGUCAGUUUGAUCUUGAGGUGUUUAAGGUUGUUUCAUCUGCCAUUCAGAGGGCUGGUGACCAAGGUCUGAGCAUCAAAGAUUUUUCAAAUCUCGUGGAUAUGCCUGGGGAGAAGUUGCCUGAAUUAAUCAUUGAUGUGCUCCAGGCAUUUGGUCGAGCAUUUAAGGUCAAUGCUUAUGACUCUAUUCGUGUUGUGGAUGCUCUAUAUCGUUCCAAGUAUUUUCUCACUUCAUUUGGUUUCCGUCAAGAACUUAAACAUGAUUCAUCAUUUCAAUCUCAAGAAAGCAACAAUAGUGAGAUACAGCCAGAAAAUCAAAGGGUUGAUAUUUCUAAUGCACCUCUGGGCAUGGGCAAGGAUGCUGAUGAUGUGCAUAAAAUUACCAUUCUCAAUCUUCCUGAAGAGCUAGCUUUGCCCUCUAAUGAAACUCCAUUUGGAAGCAUGGGUGAAGGCUCUGUUGAAGGUAAAGCUGGUUUACCAGAAGGAAAUAAGGAGGCUGAAAUUUCUAAACCUUCUUCUGAUGAGCUAUUGGUUCCUAUAUUGCCAUGGAUGAAUGGGGAUGGGACUCUCAACACAAUGGUGUACAAUGGACUUCUACGCCGUGUUCUUGGUACUGUGAUGCAAAACCCUGGGAUAUUAGAGGAUGAUAUUAUCCGCCAGAUGGAUGUCUUAAAUCCCCAGAGCUGCAAAAGGUUGCUUGAGUUGAUGAUAUUGGAAAAACAUCUCAUUGUGAGGAAGAUGCUAGAAACUGCUGACGGUGGACCGCCCGUUCUUCUUCAGACCCUCUUGGGGAGCAGCUCUAGAAACUCAGAGUUGGUGUACCGCCAGCAUUUCUUUGCCAAUCUUUCCAGUACUUAUUUGCUGUAGGAAUGUAUCUCUGUAAAUAUUUAUCAUCACUAGGUCGCAACCAGUGAAUCUUGAGUUCGAUUUGUUUAUAAAUUAUCGAUCUAUAAUCCAACUCAAUAUGAAGCUUUAGUCUCGACUUUCCCUGCAAAUUAAACCUUCCUAGACAUGAUCACUAACCAAACCAACAUCUGGAUUAAUCUGGAAGGAAAAUAGAAUGGAUUAUAUGUA